CAGUUGUAGGAAUCUUUUUCCUCCGUAGUGGUUGGUCGACGAAAGCGCACGCGUCAAGUAGAGAUCGACCCAAACUACCGGGCAAAGUUGCGCAACUUUGGGUCGAGAAUGUUAUCUGCCGACCCAUGCCCGAAGAGACGCAGCAUCCCCUCCUACCAGGCACCGGUUUCCCAAGACAACCCGGUGUUUGCAUUGGUACGGGUACCACAAGAUAACCCGUACGAAGUGCGAGAUGGAUUAGUUUGUAAACUGCAAUCUCGCACAUUGCCCUUUGCUGCGGACCGAAUCGUUUGCAUCGAUUCGGGCGUGGAAGAUCCACGUGACGAAGACAGCAGCCCACGCAUUAGAUGGCUACUGCACUCUCUGUCGCUUCCAAGUCAAUUUGCCGAGGGAGUGCUCGAUCACCGAUGCCAAGGGUUCUCAGCAGAUGGAGCGACCAAGCAGUCCAGAAAACGUCGUAGGCGUUAA